AUGAAGCUUCUAUUCCCAAAGGAGCUUAUUGAUGAGAAUCUAGAAGGAUUCAAGGAGAGAGUGACAAGAACUCUAAAGCUUUUUCCUAAGGCAGUAGUGCCAAGGGACAUUCAUGGAGAGAUUGUCUAUCCAGCUGUGAAUCACCCACCAGAUACUCAUUGCAAGGAGAAAAGACUUGGAGGAUCAAGAUGCCUCUUGUCUCCAUCUUCUCCUGAGCGCCAAGCCUUACAGAUAGAAGGAGAAAAAGGUGUGAAAACACAAUCCGCGCCAAAACAUUGGCCGCGGACGCGCAAAAGAAUUUUGGCCGAGCAAUUCUCAUCUGGCCGACCGUUACGGUCGAGCCGGGAAGGAAUAGCUCGUGCUCGGCCGGAUUCACUCAUCGCGCGACAAAACGUUCGCGCGACGCACGAACCGGGAAGAAAUAGGCCGCGAUCGGCCGAUUUUGUAUCGGAACGGACCGACCGUGCCGGUCGAUCCGGGAAACAAACUCGGCCUCGGCCGAAUUCUCUCGCCAAAACGAAUUUGGCCGACCAAAUCGCUCGACCGCGACAAAAUCGGCCAUCGGCCCAAAACUUUUCUAGGCCAAGGUAA